AUGGGUGGUGGGAUUGGAAGAGGGUGGUGUGCAAUUGUGAUAUUGAGUGCACUUGUGUUAGCAACAAGAUGUGAUAACAAGUGUGAUUUAUACCAAGGGAGUUGGGUGUACGAUGAGUCGUAUCCUAUGUACGAUUCAACGAAAUGCCCGCAUAUCCGAAAGGAAUACGAUUGCAUCAAGUACGGUCGCCCCGAUCGCACCUACCUCAAAUUCAGAUGGCAACCCGCCAAUUGCCCCUUGCCCAGAUUCGAUGCCGAAGCAUUCUUAAGAAAAAUGAGGGGAAAAAAGAUACUGUACGUUGGCGAUUCACUAAGCUUAAAUCAGUGGCAAUCGAUGGUUUGCCUUCUUCAUUCUGCCUUGCCACCUCAAUCCAUCAUCACUGAAGAAACUGUCAACUCAGUUAGAACCGUCUCGUAUCAGGAUUACGGGUUUUCGGUUUCGAUUUUCACGUCUCAUUACUUGGUAGACGUUGUCGAGGAGAAAAUUGGACGGGUUUUGAAACUUGAUUCCAUUACAGACGGGGAUAUAUGGAAGGAUAACGACGUUUUGAUCUUUAAUACCUGGCUUUGGUGGUAUACUCGAGGAGAAAAACAAUCAUGGGAUUAUAUCCAAAUCGGUAACAAAAUACUAAAGGACAUGGAUAGGAUGGUUGCUUUUCGUGAGGCUUUGACGACGUGGGGGAAUUGGGUCGAUUCAGAUGUCGACACACAAAAAACAUCUGUAUUUUUCCAAGGAGUUUCGCCUGCUCAUUACAACGGAGCAGAUUGGGACGAGAAGGGGGUGACGAAUUGUGCAAAUGAAAAGCUUCCGGUGAACGGAUCGACAUAUCCGGGUGGCAUACCGACGGCGGAGACGGUGGUGGAGCAGGUGAUAAAUGGUGUUAGAAAACCAGUGUCGUUACUCAACAUAACGAGGUUGUCUCAGUUGAGAAAAGAUGGACAUCCGAGCCGUUUCAAUGCCUUUAAAGGAAUGGAUUGCACACAUUGGUGUGUAGCUGGGGUUCCAGACACAUGGAACCAACUUCUAUCUGCUUCUCUUAUUUGA